GGGGAAAAGACACAGGAGAUCAUGGACCAGAUCCGCAGGGAGGUUGCUAUGCAGAACUUUCAAGAAUUACUAUCGCAAAUAAACAAGAAGUGCUUCGCAAAGUGUGUACCCAAGCCCGGAGCAAAGUUAGAUAGCUCCGAGCAGACUUGCUUGCAACGGUGUUCCGACAGGUAUCAGGAGGCUUGGAACGUCGUCAGCAAUGCUUACCUGAGGAGGGCACAGAAGGAG